GGGAUGGAAAUGGAUAAUGCAUCAUCCCCUAUUGAGGAACACUUAGAUUUGAAGCCAAAUUUAAAGCAAAGGCUGGUUCUGAGCCACUUGAGAACAGAGUUAUGGUCAGCGGAGCUGGAUGCUGCCCUUGAUCGAUUUGCCUCAGAUGUUACACAGCAGACACUCGCUGUGUACCUGGAUCCUCACUUGGGCCUCCAUGUAGAGCCAAACAUGCCAGCACAGAAUGUUGAACAGUUGAUGUACUUUAUCCGUAAAGAGCGUGCACCUCUUACCCCUGAGAACCUGGAAGAGACGCUACAGUUUGGCUCCAUGAGAGGCUCCUACAUCGUGGCCCUUCUCAGGUUAAUGAACGGGAUAUACGCUCCUUACAUUUUCAGCAACACUAGCUGGCCAGAGAGUAUCCGCAACAACUUCUCAGCUCAUGUCCACCGCUUCCUGGCCACGCUCACAGACACAAGGUACAAGCUCCAGGGACACACUGUGCUCUACAUUCCCAUUGAGGCCAUGAAUCUGGUCCCUGACGCAGCUAUUAAAGACAAGGAACUGGUGCAGAGACUUGAGACUGCCAUGGUCCACUGGACACGUCAGAUUAAGGAGGUUCUGAGCGAGCAGGAUGCUGUCGAGAUUGGCGAGAGCUCGGGUCCUCUGGAAGAAAUCGAUUUCUGGAGAGAUAGGUGCACAGACCUCUCAGGGAUCAGUCAACAGCUGGAUAAGCCAGGAGUCAAACACAUCGAGAAAAUCCUUGAGUUGGCCAAGUCCUCUUACAUAGGCCCUUUCCAGAAACUGUCAAAGCAAAUUCAAGAUGGAUCUCUCCAAGCUCAGUCUAAUCUAAGGUUCCUGUCUUUACUGAAAGCACCUUUUGAAGAGUUAACUUCACUUAGUUUGAAAGACAUUCCGGGAAAAUUCCCACAUCUCCUGAACUUAAUCCGGAUCAUAUGGGUCAACUCUCCGUAUUACAACACUCAGGAACGACUCACCUCACUUUUCCGUAAGGCGAGUAAUGAGCUAAUCCACUUGUGCAGUCGUCAGAUCUCUCUUGACCGUAUCUUUGAUGGGUACGUGACAUCAAGUAGACAAAUUCUGAAGGAUUGUAUCCUGUGCUGCAUGUCGUGGAAAGAGCAGUACCUGAAGACAUCCCAGGUGCACAACAGGUUUUCCAAGAUAGGAUGGGUUCUGGACCAGACUAGUAUUUUUGCCCAAGUGGAUGCCUUUAUACAACGUUGCAAGGAUCUCCUUGAGGUUUGCUUGUGCCAGCAGCAGUUUGGUCGCUGGGAAGAUGGAACUCAGACCCCACUUCCAUGUUUCGCUGGACACAGUGGUCCUCUGAUCACCCGCAAAUUGCUGGAGAUCGAAGAGACCUUUCAUAAGAACCUUCAUAUCCUAAAAUAUGUCAAGAAAACUAUCCUGGAUGUCAAAAACACAUUAUGGCACGAUGAUUAUAACAGGUUCAGAGCCGGUGUGAAAGAUUUAGAAGUGAUGAUGCAGAAUCUGAUCAAUACGGCGUUUGAGACGGUGCGCGGGGUGGAAGAGGGUGUGGAGCUGCUGGACAUUUUCCACCAUCUGUCAGCCCGCGAGGCCAUAAAAAGAACGUUUGAUAAGAAGACGGUGCAAGUCUACGAGAUUUUCAAACAGGAAUUGGAUCUGGUGAAUAAAGAGUUGGGGAAGAAGGUUCCUCCAGUGCCUCGUAACAUGUGCCGCUACGCUGGACAGGCACACUGGGCGCGCUCCCUGAGGCAACGAAUAGACCGAGCUAUGGAGUGCCUGUCCAGCGCCCACUUCAUGCCCCGCAUUGGCAUAGGUGAAGAGAGCAUACAGGAGUAUCAGCAGCUGGUGCUGAAGUUGGAUGAGCUGAUGAGAAAGAUCUUCACAGAGUGGUCCCAGUCAGCCGAUAAACAUGCCAUGGCAAAACUGGACAUCCCACUAAUGAACCGGAGCCAGGUGGAGACCGGCAUGCUAGACGUAAACUUUGAUAAGAACUUGUUAAAGCUGUUUGUGGAGAUCCAUUUCUGGGAGAGGCUCCUUUUUGACAUUCCUCAUUAUUUAGUUGAGAUCUAUCAAAGACGGGAAGAUCUCAGGAACCUGCGAGAAAACGUGUUGCUCGUUGUGAGGGCAUACAACAGGAUUAUAGCAGCUCUUUCCCACGGGGAACGUGGUUUGUUCAGGGAAAGAAUACGGUUUUUGGAUAAAAAGUUCCAGCCUGGUCUCACCAAAUUACACUGGUCAUCCAAGGGAGCAUCCAAUGCAUUUAUUAAUGAAUGUCUUCUACAUGCAAGCAAGAUUCAGCAGAUUGUAGAUAAUUUCAAGAAUGCCAACGUGAACAUCUCUCGGUGUGCCCAGCUGAUUAGUGAAACACUUCUCCUCCGAAUUGAUGGGAAGCAAGUCUUUAGAGAUCUUGAGUUCCAGGAAGUACAGGAGGAAAACCGACGUAUUGCACAGAAUCGGCUACAGAACCUCCAUGACGAGAUCUGCAAGGUUCUGAUGACCACUUAUGAGGUCUUUAAAGCUGACGGAAAUGAGAUCCAGCAGCACUGGGCGAAUUACACAGACAAGAUGGACCGACAAGUGGAAGAUGCCUUUCGGUUGAACGUUAAACGGUCCCUUCAGGAGCUCUCGAAGGCCAUUAAUGGUGAAAGCAAAACCACACCAAGUCCUCUGUUCAGAGUUAUGGUUAUACUGCUGAAUGAUUUCCCAGGAUCAACUGCAGAGGUGGAAUUCUCACCAACUCUCCUACAACUUGCUAACCUUGUGAGCACUGUCUGCAAUGAAAUCUUCCGUACUCUGUCCAGCUUUCGAAGACUCCCAGACAUUCUGGCCAAAAGGAAAUCUCACAGGGAUCCUAUACAGAGCAUUGUGGAGCACGAUGAGGAGAUAAAGAAGAUCCAGGCUCAGAUCAGUGUGGGGAUGUCUAACAAUGCUGCCCUAGUGCAGGCCUAUCUGAAAAACUGGGACUCAUUCAAGAUGAUCUGGGAGCCAAACAAGGAUACGGUAAUACGACGCUACCAGCGCCUCAACCCCAUGGUGUCUUCCUUCGAUGCUGACAUUGCUCGGUACACUGAGCUUGCCAACAAUGUUCAGAAGCAAGAGACCGUGCACAACAUCCAGUUUGUGUUGUUAGACUGCAGUCACCUGAAGUAUGCUCUAGUCCAGCACUGCCACGAGUGGCAGAACAAGUUAACUGGCCUUCUGAAACAAAUGGCCACCGACAAACUCACUGAGCUACAAUCCUAUCUGAAAGACAAUGCUGAGAGGGUGCUACAGCCUCCCCAAACACUGGAGGAGCUGGCUCAGAGUAUUGAGCUUCAAAAUAUGCUCCAAAGUGACCUGUCUAAGACUCAGAGCCAGAUCUUGCCCAUUCAUGAUCAAUUUGCCAUUCUUCAGAAGUAUGAAGUCCAAGUGGAUGAGACUAUCCUUCAGAUGUUGAGUUCCCUAAAUGGGGCUUGGCUGUCCUUCCAGCAGAGCCUGAUAGACAGUGAUGCAAUGCUUAAGAAACACAAAGAGAAGUUCAAGAAUAGCUUGAUCCACGCAGCCGAGGAGUUCAAGAAGAAAUCUCGCUCUCUACUGGAUGAAUUUACCACCAGUGGUCCAUUCUCCAGCUCGGUGGCCUGUGACCCAGCCUUGGAACAGAUUAAUCUGACACGUCAAAUGAUGAACACGCUGAAGGAAGAGGAGAAAAGUCUCCGCUCAGGUCUCAGCAUGUUCAAGAUCGAGCAUCCAUUUUCCAAAGAAAUACAAGCUCUGGAGAAGGAUCUGGACUCCAUCCAGCUGGUAUGGGAGGCUACUCAGGAAUGGAACCAGCAUUGGGAGAAGUGGAAAUCUGGUCGUUUCCUGACUCUGGAAACCGAGGUGAUGGAGAACACCGCGCAGGGUCUGUACAGGAGGCUGACCAAACUGAGUCGUGAGCUGAAGGAUAAAAAAUGGGACGUGCUAGAGACAAGCAGGACCCGCAUUGAUCUCUUUAAGAGAACCAUGCCCCUUAUAACGGAUCUGAGGAACCCAGCGCUGCGGGAGAGGCACUGGAACCAAGUGAAGAAGGAGACAAGUGGGACAUUUGACCAGACAGCUGAUGACUUUACAUUAGAGAAGAUCGUGGAGCUUGGGUUAGAUCAGCACGUGGACAAGAUCAGAGAGAUAUCGAUGGCCGCCACAAAGGAGCUGUUCAUCGAACAGGGCCUGGAACUGAUCUCGAAAACAUGGGAGGCGACUCUCCUGGACAUCGUGCCUUACAAAGAGAAAGGCCACCACCGACUCCGAGGCACAGAUGAGGUCUUCCAGGCUUUAGAAGACAACCAAGUCCGUAUUUCUACCAUGAAGGCAUCUCCCUUUGUGAAAGCUUUUGAACACGAUGUAGACAGAUGGGAACGCUGCUUGUCACACAUCCUGGAGGUCAUAGAGAUGAUUCUCACAGUACAGAGGCAGUGGCUGUACCUCGAGAACAUCUUCCUGGGGGAGGACAUCAGGAAGCAGUUGCCCCAGGAGUCGGCAGAGUUUGAUCAGAUAAAUAUCAGCUGGAAAGCCAUCAUGAACAGAUUGAACAAAGACAAAAACGCUCUGCGUGGGACUCAUCACCCCGGCCUUCUGGAGACGUUGGGAAAUAUGAACAGGGUCCUGGAAGGAAUACAAAAGUCUCUAGAUAUGUAUUUAGAGACCAAACGCCACAUCUUCCCCCGGUUCUAUUUCAUAUCCAACGACGACCUGUUAGAGAUCCUGGGUCAGUCACGUAACCCUGAGGCCAUCCAACCACAUCUCAAGAAGUGCUUUGACAACAUUAAGUCACUCAAGAUUCAGAAGGCUGGUAUAACUAUCAAGUCUGAAGCUGCAGGGAUGUUCUCAGCAGAGGGCGAGUAUGUUGAUUUUACACAUCCAGUGCUGUUGGAGGGUCCAGUGGAGGCCUGGCUGUGUGAUAUUGAACGGACCAUGCGGUUUACCUUAAAGGAUCUCUUAAGAAAUUGUAGACUGGCCCUCAAGAAGAUGACUAGUAAGAGAGACAAGUGGGUGAAAGAGUGGGCUGGACAGAUGCUGAUAACUACGAGUCAGAUCCAAUGGACUACUGAUGUCACCAGGUCCCUGAUGACAGCCAAGGAGCGUGCAGACAAAAAAAUCCUAAAGAUCAUGAAGAAGAAGCAGAUAUCCAUGCUCAACAAGUACUCUGAAGCCAUCCGUGGAAACCUGACCAAGAAUCUGCGUCUGAAACUUGUGGCUCUUGUGACAGUGGAGGUUCAUGCCAGGGAUGUAAUUGACAAGAUGCUGAAAAGUGGUUGCAUGGAUGUGGCUUCCUUUGAAUGGCUGAGUCAACUGCGUCUGUACUGGGACAAGGAUCUCGAUGACUGUCUCAUUAGACAGACUAACACCCAGUUCCAGUAUGGCUAUGAGUAUCUAGGGAACUCUGGUCGUCUUGUGAUCACACCUCUAACAGAUAGGUGUUACAUGACCCUCACAACAGCUCUGCAUCUGCACAGAGGGGGAUCCCCAAAGGGCCCGGCUGGAACAGGAAAAACAGAGACCGUAAAAGACUUGGGAAAGGCACUGGGGAUGUACGUAAUUGUGGUGAACUGUUCAGAAGGCCUGGAUUUUAAAUCAAUGGGGAGAAUGUAUUCUGGCUUGGCUCAGACGGGCGCUUGGGGAUGCUUUGAUGAGUUUAACCGCAUCAAUAUUGAGGUGUUAUCUGUGGUUGCUCAGCAAAUCCUGUCCAUCCUAUCUGCCCUCUCUGCCAACCUCACCAGAUGUGUGUUCGAGGGUCGAGAUAUUAACUUGGUGUGGUCUUGUGGCAUCUUCAUCACUAUGAACCCAGGAUAUGCUGGACGCACUGAACUUCCAGACAAUCUGAAAUCUAUGUUCAGACCUAUCUCCAUGGUGGUUCCAGAUUCAACACUCAUUGCAGAGAUCAUCCUUUUUGGAGAGGGGUUCAAUAACUGCAAGAUCCUGGCGAAGAAGGUCUACACCCUUUAUUCUCUGGCUGUGCAGCAGCUCUCCAAACAGGAUCAUUACGACUUCGGACUAAGAGCGCUGACCUCGCUGGUCCGCUUCGCUGGGAGAAAACGCAGACUGCGAGCAGACCUGUCUGACGAAGAGAUUCUAAUCAUGUCGAUGAAGGAUAUGAAUAUUGCAAAGCUGACCUCUGUGGACCUCCCUCUGUUCAGUGGCAUUAUGCAAGAUCUUUUCCCUGGCAUCGAGACGCCAUCUGUGGACUACGGCAAGCUACGGGAGAAGAUUGAGCAGGAACUGCGAAAGUCUGGGAAGCAAAUCACCCCAUUUACUGUCACCAAAAUCAUCCAGCUGUACGAAACCAAGACCUCGCGACACUCCUGCAUGAUUGUGGGUAGGACUUGUAGUGGCAAGACCACCACCUGGCGCUGCCUUCAGGCGGCACUGUGUGCCCUCAGCCAGAUUCCUGACACUAGCUACAAUCCUGUGCGGGAUUUCCCACUAAAUCCUAAAGCAGUAUCGCUGGGAGAACUGUAUGGAGAGUACGAUCUGACAACCAAUGAGUGGUCUGAUGGAGUGAUGUCCAGUCUGAUGAGGACGGCAUGUGCAGAUGACCGUCCCGAUGAGAAGUGGAUUGUUUUCGAUGGUCCGGUGGACACUCUAUGGAUUGAGAGCAUGAACUCUGUGAUGGAUGAUAAUAAAGUGCUGACUCUCAUCAAUGGGGAAAGGAUAGCCAUGCCUGAACAGGUUUCCCUCCUGUUUGAAGUGUCUGAUCUUUCCGUGGCCUCUCCUGCCACCGUAUCUCGCUGUGGUAUGGUGUUCACAGACUAUACCAGCCUGGGAUGGAGGCCCUAUGUGCAGUCAUGGUUAGAAAAGAGGAACAAGACUGAAUCAGAGACAUUGCAGCACAUGUUUGAUAAAUACAUAGACCGAAUGCUGGCAUUUAAGAAGCUGAAUUGCAAGGAACUGGUACCCCAGGAGGAGACCUGCAGUGUUAUCUCACUGUGCAAGCUGUACGAUUCACUCGCAACAGUGGACAACGGAGUAAAUCCAGCAGACUCGGAUAAUUACAGCCGGAUGUCAGAGCUCUGGUUCACUUUCUGUCUAGUAUGGUCAGUCUGUGCAUCGGUAGACGAGGAUGGACGACGGAAGAUUGACAGUUAUCUGAGAGAGUUGGAGGGCAGCUUUCCAAACAAGGACACCGUGUAUGAAUACUUUGUGGACCCCAAGACUAAGAACUGGGCUUCCUUUGAGGACAAACUUCCGAAGACGUGGAGAAUUCCCCCCAAUGCCCCCUUUUAUAAGAUUAUGGUGCCGACGGUGGACACAGUUCGAUAUCAGUUCAUUGUCAAUGCCCUGGUAUCCCACCAGUGGCCUGUCUUGCUUGUGGGGCCUGUGGGCACUGGGAAGACAUCUAUUGCCCAAAGUGUCCUUCAAUCCCUUGACUCAAGUAGAUGGUCGGUGUUAACAGUCAACAUGUCUGCACAGACUACUUCAAAUAAUGUACAAAACAUUAUCGAGAGUCGAGUGGAGAAGCGCACAAAAGGUGUGUAUGUACCCACAGGGGGAAAGCAGCUCAUUACCUUCAUGGAUGAUCUUAACAUGCCAGCCAAGGACACAUUUGGUUCACAACCUCCUCUAGAACUGCUCCGUCUCUGGAUAGACUAUGGUUUCUGGUAUGACCGUAUGAAUCAGACCAUCAAAUAUGUCAAGGACAUGUUCAUAAUGGCUGCCAUGGGUCCUCCUGGUGGGGGGCGCACUGCUAUAUCUCCCCGACUUCAGAGCAGAUUCAACCUUAUCAACAUGACCUUCCCCUCUGAAUCUCAAAUCAAACGGAUCUUUGGGACAAUGAUGAGCCAGAAACUGCAGGACUUUGAGGAAGAGGUGAAGCCAGUCGGCGAGGUUAUAACACAGGCCACUAUCGAGCUCUACAAUGCCAUCACUCAGAGGUUUCUUCCGACUCCUGCCAAAAUCCACUACUUGUUUAACCUCAGAGAUAUAUCCAGGGUGUUCCAAGGCAUGCUUAGAGCUCACAGAGACAUGCAUGAUACCAAGCACAGCAUCACCCGACUCUGGGUGCACGAAUGUUUCAGAGUCUUUUCAGACCGUCUUGUGGAUUCAUCAGACAAUGAAGCUUUUGUAGCGAUCCUGAGUGAGAAAUUAGGGUCUCUUUUUGACCUCACUUAUCACAACUUGUGUCCCGGCAAACAACCACUAGUUUUUGGUGAUUUCAUGCGGGAGCCUCCUAUAUAUGAAGACAUCACUGAUUUUCAGGCUCUUAAAAACUUUAUGAAGACCCAGCUGCAAGAACAGAGCCAACAACCAGGUUCUGGGGCCAAGAAACUAGUUCUGUUUACAGAUGCUGUCCAACAUGUGACCCGCAUUGUGCGUGUGAUUGGUCAGCCACGUGGCAACAUGUUAUUAGUUGGUAUUGGUGGCAGUGGAAGGCAGAGCCUGGCACAGCUGGCUGCCUAUAUCUGUGACUACAAAGUCUUCCAGCUGGAGGUGACCAGGGGAUAUCGCAAGCAGGAAUUUCGAGAAGACCUCAAGAAGUUAUACCGCCAGGCUGGGGUAGAUGGCCGUCCCUCUGUCUUCCUGCUGACAGACACUCAGUUCACAGAUGAAUCAUUCUUUGAGGAUGUGAACAACGUUCUGAGCUCAGGCGAGGUUCCUAACCUGUACAAGGCAGAUGAGUUUGAGGAGAUCAAAACCAUUUUGCAAGAGAAGGCCCGUGGUGAAAAUAUCCCAGACACUCCAGAGAGUCUCUAUAACUUUCUAAUAGAGAGAGUACGCAACAACCUUCAUAUUGUGCUCUGCAUGAGCCCUGUAGGGGACCCUUUCCGAAAUCGAAUCCGUCAAUAUCCAGCUAUUGUAAACUGCACAACCAUUGACUGGUUUUCUGAGUGGCCACAAGAAGCUCUUCUGGAAGUGGCUGAAAGAUAUUUAGAAGGGGCUGAGCUGGGGAGCAUGGAUGGGAUCCAUGGAAAGGUGUCACAGAUCUUCGUAACAAUGCAUCGUUCUGUGGCUGAAUAUUCACACAAGAUGAAACUUGAAUUGAGGAGGCAAAACUACAUCACACCAACCAGCUACUUGGAGUUGGUAUCUCGAUACAAGAGUCUCCUCGCUGAGAAGCGAGCAGAGCUGGGGGAAAAGGCCAACAAACUCCGGAAUGGGCUGUAUAAGAUUGACGAGACCCGGGAGAAGGUGGAGAAAAUGUCUGAGGAAUUGGCGGUGGCACGGAGCAAAGUGGCCGACUUUCAGAAGCAGUGUGAGGAGUAUCUGGUCAUCAUUGUUCAGCAGAGAAGGGAGGCUGAUGAACAGCAAAAGUCCGUCGCUGCACACAGUGAGAAGAUUGGUGCAGAGGAGAUUAAGUGCAAGACUCUUGCUGAGAAUGCACAAAAGGACCUUGAGGAAGCCAUGCCUGCCCUGAAUGAAGCCAUGAAAGCCCUGGAAUCCCUGAACAAGAAGGACUUGACAGAAAUAAGAUCGUAUGGACGCCCACCAUUGCCAGUGGAAAUUGUAUUGCAGGCUGUCAUGAUUCUGAGGGGCAAUGAGCCUACCUGGGCCGAGGCCAAGAGACAACUGGGGGAAGCCAACUUUAUUAAACAGCUGGUCAACUUUGACAAAGACAAUAUCUCGGACAAGAUACUGAAAAAGAUUGGACAGUACUGUGUGCAACCAGACUUUCACCCAGACAGUGUUGGACGAGUAUCUCUUGCUGCCCGGUCCCUAUGUAUGUGGGUACGGGCCAUGGAGAUGUAUGGUCGGAUAUUUAAAGUUGUGGAGCCUAAACGUGCCCGUAUGAAUGCUGCACUUCUUCAGCUGGCAGAAAAGCAGGCAUCGUUGGCAGACGCACAGAGCAAACUCAGAGAGGUGGGUGAGCGUCUGGAAAAGCUGAAGACACAGUACGACGAGAAGCUUGCACAGAAGGAGCAAUUGCGAGCUGAGGCUGAGCUCAUGGAGGUGAAACUUCAGAGAGCAGGCACACUUGUAACAGGAUUGGCAGGAGAAAAAUCCAGAUGGGAAGAGACGGUGAAGGGUCUAGAGGAGGAUCUCGGAUUCUUGGUUGGUGAUUGUCUUUUGGCUUCAGCCUUUUUGUCAUACAUGGGCCCAUUCCUUUCCAGCUACCGUGAGCAGCUUCUUCAAAUCUGGAUAAAAGAGGUCAAAGAGAUGUUGAUUCCCUGCUCACCAAACUUUUCCCUGACUGCAUUCUUGUCUAGCCCAACAAUGGUCCGAGAUUGGAACCUGCAAGGUCUUCCAUCAGACAGCUUCUCUAGUGACAACGGGGUCAUUGUUACCCGAGGAAACAGGUGGCCACUAAUGGUCGAUCCACAAGGACAAGCAACCAAAUGGAUUAAAAGCAUGGAAUCGGCCAAGAGCCUGAAGGUGAUCGACCUACAGAUGCCAGAUUUCAUGAGGAUACUGGAACAGGCUGUACAGUUUGGAACCCCGGUCCUGCUACAGAACGUUCAGGAGGAUCUCGAUCCAUCUUUGUCACCAAUCCUGAAUAAGGCUGUAACUAAAGUCGGGGGCAAGCUGCAGAUACGCCUGGGAGAUAAAGAUGUCGUGUAUAAUCCUGAAUUCCGAUUUUAUAUCACAACAAAACUUUCCAACCCACACUAUACCCCGGAAAUAAGCUCCCAGACAACUAUUGUCAACUUCGCUGUGAAGGAGCAGGGAUUGGAGGCACAAUUGCUGGGCAGUGUGGUAAGGAAGGAACGUCCGGAGCUGGAGGAUCAGAAACAGUCUCUGGUCCUUAACAUCGCAGCCGGGAAAAGGAAACUGCAGGAGUUGGAGGAUGAGAUUCUCAGGCUUCUAAAUGAAGCAACAGGCUCCCUCCUGGAUGAUGUUCAGCUGGUGAACACUCUACAAACAUCUAAAGUGACAGCGAGUGAAGUCAGUGAACAACUAGAGAGCAGUGAAGAGACAGAGGAGAAGAUAGACACCGCCAGAGAGGCAUAUCGCCCUUGUGCCCAGCGGGCAUCCCUGCUUUUCUUUGUUUUGAAUGAUCUUGGACGUAUUGACCCCAUGUACCAGUUUUCCCUGGACUCCUACAUAGACCUAUUUCAUCUGAGUAUUGAUAAGAGUAAGAGGAGCACCAACCUGGAAGAGAGAAUAACCAACCUUAAUGAUUAUCACACCUACGCUGUGUACAGAUACACAUGCCGUGCCCUCUUUGAGCGACAUAAGCUCCUUUUCAGCUUUCAGAUGUGUGCCAAGAUUCUAGAGGUGUCAGGAAAACUGAACAUGGAUGAAUAUAAUUUCUUCUUGCGUGGAGGGCUGGUUCUGGACCGUGAUGAGCAGAUGGAUAACCCCUGUACCAGUUGGCUAUCUGAUGCCAAUUGGGAUAACAUUACUGAACUGGACAAGCUAACAAAUUUCCAUGGCAUUAUGAACUCAUUUGAGCAGUAUCCCCGGGAUUGGAACUUGUGGUAUACCAGCCCUGAGCCGGAGAAGGCAUGCCUGCCAGGUGAAUGGGAAAACGCAUGCAGUGAGAUGCAGAGAAUGCUCAUCGUCCGUUCCCUGCGUCAAGACCGCGUGGCCUUCUGUGUUACUGCUUUCAUCAUCAAUAACCUUGGGUCAAAGUUUACAGAGCCACCAGUGCUGGAUAUGAGAGCGGUGGUAGAUGACUCACUGCCUCGUUCCCCUCUGGUCUUUGUACUCUCUUCUGGUGUGGAUCCAACAGGAACUCUGCUACAGCUUGCUGAGCAGCGAGGCAUGUCCCAGCGUUUCCAUGCACUGUCUCUUGGGCAAGGACAAGCUCCUAUUGCCACCAGAAUGAUCAAGGAAGGCGUCAAGGAUGGACACUGGGUUUUCCUAGCCAACUGCCACCUGUCCUUAUCAUGGAUGCCACAAUUAGACAAGCUGGUGGAGCAGUUGCAGGUGGAGGACCCGCACCCUAAUUUCAGGUUGUGGCUCAGCUCCAGUCCACACCCAGACUUCCCCAUUUCCAUCUUACAGGCCAGCAUUAAGAUGACAACUGAACCUCCCAAGGGCUUGCGUGCCAACAUGAAGCGUAUGUACCAACUCAUAACGGAUCCUCAAUUCUCACGCUGCACCAAGACUAACAGCUACCGACGGCUGCUCUUUUCCCUCUGCUUCUUUCAUAGCGUUUUAAUAGAGCGACGGAAGUUCCUCCAGCUUGGCUGGAACAUUGUAUAUGGCUUUAAUGACUCAGACUUUGAGGUGUCGGAGAACCUGCUAAGUAUAUACUUAGACGAAUAUGAGGAAACGCCUUGGGAUGCUCUUAAAUACUUGAUUUCUGGCGUCAAUUAUGGUGGUCAUGUGACUGACGACUGGGAUAGACGUCUCCUUGGCACCUAUAUUAAUGAUUACUUCACUGAUCAGGCUCUGACCACGCCGUUCUUCAGACUUUCAGUGCUGGACACCUACUACAUCCCUCGUGAUGGGACCCUGACAUCGUACAAAGAAUAUAUUAGCAUGCUCCCCGCUGUAGAUCACCCUGAAGCCUUUGGGCAACACCCCAAUUCGGACAUUGCCAGUCAGAUUACUGAAGCUCGCACCCUGUUUGACACCUUGCUGUCUCUUCAGCCUCAGAUUACUCCUAGUGCUCAGGGAGGGCAGAGUCGAGAAGAAAAGGUGUUGGAGUUGUUGUCUGAUGUUCGGCAGAAGAUUCCACCUGAGAUAGACUAUGAGGGCACCAGGAAAGUCCUGAGUGAUGAUCCCAGCCCAAUCAAUGUUGUGUUACUUCAAGAGAUUCAACGAUACAAUGCACUUUUACAUACUAUCAGGUCCUCUCUCCUUGACUUGGAACAUGGUAUUCAGGGUCUGGUGGUCAUGUCUACAGAGCUGGAGGAGAUAUUUACCUGUAUACAUGGUGCCCGUGUACCCCCACUCUGGGGAAAGGCUUACCCUUCACUAAAACCGCUGGCUGCGUGGACUCGUGACCUGGUUCUACGAAUGGAGAUGUUUGCACGUUGGGCAGAGACUGCUCGUCCUCCUGUCCUAUAUUGGCUAUCGGCAUUCACCUUUCCCACUGGCUUCCUAACUGCUGUGCUUCAGACAGCGGCCCGGCAAAAUAAUAUCUCUGUCGACUCGCUGUCCUGGGAGUUCAUUGUGUCCACGGUAGAUGACAAUAAUCUUGUGUAUCCACCAAAGGAGGGUGUGUGGAUCCGAGGUCUUUACCUGGAGGGGGCCGGGUGGGAUAAGAAGAACUCUUGUCUAAUUGAGGCUGAGCCAAUGCAACUGGUUUGUCCUCUACCAACUGUGCAUUUCAGACCCACAGAGAGCAAGAAGAAAAGCAGCAAAGGGCUGUACUCCUGUCCAUGUUAUUAUUACCCAAUCCGUUCCGGUACCGCUGAUCGCGCAUCCUUUGUCAUCGCGGUGGACCUUCGCACAGGUGCUGUGUCAGCAGAGCACUGGAUAAAGAGGGGCACAGCUCUGCUCAUGAGUCUGGACAGCUAGUGUAGACAUAACUUGUGAUGCUCUGUACCAUGGAGUGACACAGGAGGCUUAGCACAAUACAAAGCACUCUGUAAAUAGAAACUCUGUUCAACUCUAUGGCAACUCUUAAUGUUAAUAAAAUUACAGUAAAGUUUAUAUUAUUGUUAUGUUACUUUUCCCUAAA